UCUUAUCUCCAAACUUGUAUUCCUCCCUCUGCGACCAAUUGCCCUGACCAAAAGCACCGGUAGCUCACACGGUCCAUGCAGGCCUACACUUGUAGCGCUGCCGAUCUGCAGCGGCCAUCAAUCUCCUUGGUUUGUUUCGUUCAUCCGCUUCAGUGCCGCAUUUCCUCCACUUCCCAAUAUAACUCCUCCCUUCAGUGUUCCUCCCAAAGCCUCAGCUACCAGCCAGCCGAGCCAGUGCACCAUCAUCCUCCCGGCCUUCCCCCAGUCCCGCUCGCCACCUCAACAAACGGCUGCGCUGCGCUGCCGUCCACAGGGCGCGCAGCCGCGCACGCACACCAACUCCCCUGUCUCGGCGCGGCGGCAGCCUGCCCGCGCCAGACUCCGGUCUCUGUCCCUGUCCCCCUGCUCAGCUUGCCGCCAGUGGCACCAUGCCGGCGCCCAAAUGGUUCCAGAAGCUCAGGAGGAGGAAGAAGGGCAAGCAGCAAGCCGCGCCAUGCGGAAGCCAAGCCGCCGACGCGGCGGCGCGCGCGGACAGUCGUCCGAGCGGCCAGCGCCCGUCGCCGCUGCCGGCGGCGUGCGCCGUGUCGCCGAACAGGGCGUCCUACUACUUCGCCAGCGCGGACCGCGCGCGCCAGGACAGGGAGCUGCCCUGCGCCGCCGACAUGGCGCUGGACGUCCGCGUCGACGUGGUGCACCGCCGCGCGGGGGGCCGGCGGCUCGGCUGGCUCGACGCGCCGCCGGGGACGCCCGAGCUCAAGCUGCGGCGCAUUGUCACGAGGCCCGCCGUCGCCGACGUGUGGGAGAGAGGCGGCAGCGGCGGCGGCUUCAGCAGCGCCAGCGCGACGACGUCGGCCGCCACGACGCCGUCGACCAGGGCGCGCGGGUUCCACGUGAAGCCGGCCGGCGGCAGGAGGCGGCAUCAUCGGCGGCGGCGCGACCACGACGGCAGCGCGAGCGAGAAGGGGAAGGCAACAGCGGCGGCGGAGGAGGCGUCGCCGCUGCGGCGGCACGGGGCCGCGAGGCGGCGGCGGUGGCUGUACGAGAGCCUGGUGGUGGUGAAAGCGUCGUCCGACCCGGAGCGGGAGAUGGCGGAGAGCAUGGCGGAGAUGGUGGUGGCCAACGGCAUCCGGUCGCCGGAGGACCUGGAGGAGCUCCUGGCGUGCUACCUCGCGCUCAACGCCGCCGAGCAUCACCGCGCCGUCGUCGCCGCGUUCCGCCACGUGUGGUCCCUCCUCGCCAGGCACAGGCUGCUCGUCUAGUCGUCUAGCAGCAGCACACACCGUAUUGCCCGUGUGAGCUGUGACGAUCGAGCGCGUUUGGCAUGACAGCGUGCCCGGAUCUCGCCGUGUUCAUACUCCAUGCCGACCGUACAGCCCCAUCGUCGACCGACUACCCGUCCUGAGGACAAAUUCUGUUGCUCUCCAGUCUUCACUAACUGUUCUUGCAUAUUCGCGCUGAAAACCGCGUCGCGCUCUAGAUCUUGCACUGUA